AUCUACCAUGAAGAACUUACGAACACUCCUAGUGAUGGAAGUCAUAGCUGCAGUGACAGCAGCUCAUGUACCCAACCAGCAGCCAGGGCUUCCACCUGUGCCUCCACCUGUGCAGGUCACCUCUGGCGUUGUCACUGUGGUAGGCAGUGCACGUGAGGGACGAGUCAUAGAGAUAGGGGCAGAUGGCAUCCCUAUCAUUCAUGGUGUACGUGUCCCCGAUGACCCUGAGGGCACCCCAAUCUAUAGGAAUGCCAGAAUUGUCAACAACAAGCUUCUGACGGCUGAGGAUGAAGCACGACUCAACCAGGUACAGGGCAGAUCAUUAACAGCAGGUGUGCCCUCUACGCACCGCCAAGCCCGGGUGUUGAACCUGAGAUCAAGCCAGAGUAAGGGCAGUGUCUUUCCUCCUGUCCAGUACCCCAACUUCUACUCCCAACGUUAUCACAACAAUGAGCGAUCUGGUGUUGUGGCUGAAGAUUCAUUUGAAGAAGACAAUGCGUCCUCUCUUCUUUGGCAGGUGGUGAGCUACAGCUACCUGGCUGCACCUCAAGGCCAAAGCCAUUCCAAAGAUGUGGUUUAUGGGUCUGGUGCAGCAGCCAAACCUCCUUCCUCUGGCCACAGCUUCUCUGCCAGGUCACCAACACUUGGCCAAACAUUAACAGUGGAAACUAAGAAAUCUGAUCAUGCAGCUCUUGGCCAUGCCUCAGGCCAUACUCAUCUCAGCAUUACACCACCUGUCAUUACUGCUUUUGAGUCCUCAAAGUUAUCUCAUGUUUCCCCUUCCCCUUUAGUCCAUUCCUCAUCAUCCUCUGCACCAUCACCUUUUUUUUCCUCCUCCUUCUCACCCUCUCCUACUCACUCAUCUCCCCCACCACCAUCACUCCCUCCUGCCUCUCCAUUUACUCAUCCUGAAGCCAUAUUUGCCAUGCAUCAAACUUCUGCCACAGUGCACCCUGCUGAUCCUAGCCAGUUUAUCAUCAAGGACUCCACUUUCCAGCCCUUCCCUGGUUCCCCAACCUUCACUGUUCCCCUGCCAGUACCCCACAACCAAAUCACUGGUCAUCCUGCAACAUCCCACAUUAAACGAGAACAGCUGGUCCAGGCAGGUUCUGAGGCACUGUCCUCCUAUUCCAACUACCAGGGGAGCACUGAGCGUCCCAUCUAUCACCGGGUGAUGGACCCUCUCAGGAAGGUGGGACAGAGGAUCUAUAAGGUAGCUUCUCCAGUGUUGAAGCCCAUGAUGGAUGCAGGCCACAGAUUGUCUGAGCGGUUGCAGCUCAACAAGAGGGUGAAUGCCAUCUCAGAAAGUCUCCAUCUGGAUUCUAUGAACAAAUAUAUCAGUCGCACUGUUGACAGUGAAGCUCUGCCUGUGGUGGCAGGUGUUGGUGCCAUCACAGCUAUUGGUCUAGCAGUGUUGGCAGUUGCUGCAGCCACCAAUUCCACCACCAUAAUUGGUAAACGGUCCAUUGAGGAUGACUCAACUCUUUAUUUUCUAGACAAGCUGCAUGGUGGAAGCACUGAAAGUAAGGAUAGGCUAGGGGAUCUCUUGGCUGCUCCUCUAAUGGCACAUGCCUUCUCCUCCUCUUCCACGUGGUGCUCCAAGAGAGUGAUUUGUGAUGUUAUGACCUACCUCCCAGACCACUAUCUCUUUGCUUUUGAGAAGGAGCUCCAGCUGUUUCUUGACAUGCUAAACAGUGGCAGAGAUGAAGACUUUUCCUUGAAGAAGACUGCUGAUGGUUUUCUCAAGGCUGUUAAACAGAAACAGUGUGAUCAAUAUACAUGUGGUGAUGAACAGGUGGAUUCUUCACAAAUACUUCCAGAAACUUCUGGUCCUCGCUAAGAAAAGACCACAGCUUCCAGCUGAUAUAAACAAACAGGGCACUAAUAGCCACAAGACUGGUUGAGAAGGGGGAGUAAGAAUCACUACCAGACAUGAGACUUUUUAGUGCAGUGAGACAGUGUCAGUGACAAUAUUUGCUUACCAUGUAGAAAAUAACAAUAUCAACAGUUUUACUGAUAAGCAAGAACAUAUUUAUAUUUACUGAAGGUAGUGGAAACAUAGUUAUGUAAAUAUACAGGUUGAACCUCCUUAAUCCGGUAUUCUUUCAUCUGGCAACACCUGUAAUCCGGCAAAAUUUUUGUUUGCCAGACCACCGCUAGGACGUGGCGGCACUGUACUGUGUUUUGGAGCCCGGGCAUUCUGGGUCAAAUUUGGAUCAGUACCACACUGCCGCUCAUUGCAAGCACCACCCCCCUCAGGUGCAUAAACAUUUUUUUCUGUAAUAUUUGCCCCUAAACAUGGCUUCCAAGCAACC